AGACCCCCUUCUCCGUGGUGAACUUUAGGGUUUGCAUUUGCUCGCGUAUUCCAGUUCGCGUUGCUGAUUAGGGUUGUAGAGUUUUCAAAGAAGCCAGUGGGGUCUAGCACAAUGGAGCGGGCUCCCGGAGCUACGCUGGACACUGCAAUGCGCUUGCUCAUGCGUAAGAAUUCCGUGUACAUCGCUUUUAUCUUCGCGGGAGCGAUCGUCGGUGAACGGGUUGUGGACUAUGGCAUCAACAAGGUCUGGGAGAGGAACAAUGUCGGGAAGCGAUAUCAGGAUAUUCCAAAGUUGGGCUCCAAGGUCGAGUAAAGCUGACAGCUGAGUCCACGUACUCUGUACAUUUUUGCGGAGCGGACUCCAUUCUUUGUUAUAGUAGCUCACAUUUGGAGGUCUCAUGCAAUUGCAUGAUGUAUUCCAUUUCUGCCAAGUGCAAUAAAGGAGAGAUAUGACAAUUUUUUUGGACAAUCUCUAUUACAUCAGGGCUCUCCACA